AUGACAUGCUCAUCUGUUCGCGCCGCCGUCACCGGAGAUGCGUUCAAUGCGCGACAAACAGACGAUAUUCGUGUCGAACAACGGUCGCCAGAAUGGCGGGAGGAUGUUUGGUGCGCCUCACGGUGCCAGUCUUUCGGCAGUUGGCAGCCGGAGUUAAGCAAACAUCAGCUCAAUUUUAAAUCGUUCGUCGUAGGAGGUUGACCAGGUGAUGAUGCAAGCGAUUCUCAUCACUGCGUUCUGGGAUCAGUCUUCUUAAACGGCAUCAAAUCAGAGGCAUGGAUGGCUGAGUCGGAGAGUGUUGACAACGAAGAGACAAUCUCAGGCAACAGAUUAUCAAGUCUGCAAAUCGUCGACCAACACCAAAUCUUCUCUUAAUCUCGUUGAUGUGCUGAGACAUGCCAAGAGCUGAAAACUUCAGAAGGUAUCUGUCAACGCCUUGACAGAGAUCGUAUUUUGACCAAUUGAAUUAGUUAUGAUCGACAUUCCUAAUUUUAUGAUGAGGUCAAUCGGGGAUUCCGGUGAUCAGCAAUCUGAUCCAGCAGGUGUGGAUGAUCUGGGCACGAAAAUUCAUAGACAACAAAUGGGUGAAAGUCGACUUCUGGGCAGACGACCGAUAAUGUAGUGGUCAUUCAAAUUCAAUUGUCUUUUGAGGAUCAAAUGUUCAUAUCUCCGGAUCGGCAAUGCCACCAAUGAAUAACUCCUCGAAUAUUAUGAAUGCUGGCAUCGGCUUUGCUUCAUGCUGGAGUAAUCAGGUUCUCUCUGCUGCGUUGAUCGCGUCUGACGCACCGCCUGAAAACCAUGUGGUCAACAAUGAAUGCGCGAAGUGA